UGAGGGGUCCAUCAGACAAGCUCACCUCCCCUUUGUCCCAUCGUUCCCCUCCAAGGUGUGCUUCGAGCUUGUGCUAGGUUCGUUCAUCAGAAGCCUUCAGCGGUUUUCAUUUUCUACCGUUUUAGACUCUUCACGAGUUCCCGAUUCCCUGGAGACCAGUAGCUCAGGGCCCGAGAAGCUCCGAGGAAGAACAUCUUGCGCUGUCGCCGGAGAAGUGGAAGACGCAAAAAUGUCAGGCUACUACCCUCCCCCUCCUGGAGCUGCUGGUGCUGGACCCGGUGGGCAGCAGAGCUAUCCGCCUCCUCCCAUGUCGGCUCCUCCUACACAGACCUCCUUCUCGUACCCGGCUCCCCCAAGCAGUCCGCCGGGUAGGAACUAUCCUCCUCCUCCCCAGGCCGCGCCAGCUGCUACUCCACCGCCAGCCUCGACCACGCCUUCAUACCCCCUUCCGCCCCAACAGCAACAGUACGCACCGCCGCCGUCGCAACAGCAGCAGUAUGCACCACCCCCAUCGCAACAGCACCAAUACCCACCCCCACCACAGCAGCAAUAUGCGCCGCCUCCUCAGGCAGCUCCCAUGCAACAUGCUGCACUACCCUCGCACUUACGGAACCCCUCGGCCGCGUCACAACCCUCGUCUACGACUCCGCCCCCUGCAGCACCUCCUUCCUACAGCCAGGGAGAAGGCGACGGUUCCUACCCUCCUGAGAAGCAGCAGCAGCCGCAGCCGCAACAGUCCCCCGUUAUCGAUCCGACUGGGGCACCAGCUGCUGGCCAUUUUAUGGGGGCCUCAACGAUAGUGGACGACGUGGGAACCUUCAACGGUGGGAGCUAUCGAAUCAGCCAUCGGGACUGUAACACAGUUUUGACCAUCCAACUGGCCAUUGGGUGCCCGGUUGAUGCUAAAGCAGGCUCUAUGAUUGCCAUGUCCCCAUCUAUUAUCCUCAAGGGCUCAUACAAGUUCAGCAUGAAGAAGCUGGUUGCCGGCGGCGAGAUGAACCACUCGACUUACACCGGACCCGGCGAACUUCUCCUGGCACCCCCGAUGCUGGGAGACAUCACGAGCCUGCGGCUGACAGGUAGGGAGUCUUGGUCCGUCAGCAAUGACGGCUACCUCGCGUCGACGCAGAACGUGGUCAAGGAGUAUAAGCGCCAGGGCCUCGGCAAGGCUAUGUUCAGCGGCGAAGGCUUGUGGGUAUACAAGGUCACAGGGACCGGGUUGCUGUGGUUGACCAGCUUUGGUGCGAUUAUUCGGAAGGAUCUGGCCGAUGGUGAAAAGUACAUUGUCGACAACGGCCACCUCGUGGCCUGGAACACCAAGUAUGUUCUGGAGCGGGUCUCUUCGGGCGGCCUCAUCUCCGGCCUCGCCUCGGGCGAAGGGCUCGUCUGCAAGUUCACUGGCCCGGGAACUGUCUUCAUCCAGACCAGGAACGCGAAAUCAUUCACUGCUUACAUGACUGGCCAGCAGACAGCCAUGUAACGCGAUGCUCUACGCCAGUGACCGAGGCAGUGAAUAGUGUUCUCUGCCGUAUGUUGUCGAUUGUGUACGCUUUACCCAUGCUCGGAGUACGCUGUCGAGUGCAUAAUCUCAUCAAACUAAAUGUUGGACUUGGGUUGUUGGGCGGCAGAAGGAGCUGGAGCACGUGGACUUUGGGCAACGAGCGAGCGACCGAGGGAGGUAUAUAGCCAUCGUUUCCUCCUCUGUCAAGCAAGUUAGACUUCGCCAGAGGAUUUAUUCUAUGGCCGAGUAGAGAAUGCCAGCUAACUAGGAAAUCGUUGCGCACGGUUUCGUAGGGCGGGAGAUCACCGGUUCGAUUUCAGGUAGAACCAGUGUCGCUCCCGCCUGAGC